GUUUUUCCUACAAUCCACCACCCACUUCAUUGUCUGCAACGCAUCUGCAGCAGCCGCUGUUCUCCGUCCCCGUCUUCGUCGUCCUCGACAUCGACUCGACCACCCCCUCUCUGCCACAACUCCGGACCAUCGUCCGUAGCCCGCGCUAGCAGUGAAACUCCGGCCUCGGACGGACACUCCACUUUGCCGCUCUGCCUCCACCUUCCAAAAUUCGGCCCACUCACCGCCCAUCCUCUUGUGACUGUCACCAACCGCACCAACUGUACAACAUGGCCGCCGCCGCCUACCCCUCCAUCAAGCUCUUCACGGGCACCUCCCACCCCGAGCUCGCCCAGCUCGUCGCCAAGCGUCUCGGUAUCCCGAUCGCCAAGGCCAACGUCUCGCAGCCCCCCUCGGGCGAGACCAAGGUCACGAUCGUCGAGAGCGUCCGUGACUACGAUGUUUACAUCCUUAACACUGGCGCCGGCGCCGUCAACACCUCGCUCAUGGAGCUCUGCAUCAUGAUCCAUGCGUGCAAGAUUGCCAGCGCUCGCCGCAUUACGGCCAUCAUUCCGCACUUCUUCUACGCACGCCAGGACAAGAAGGACAAGUCGCGCGCCCCCAUCACGGCCAAGCUUGUUGCCAACAUGCUCCGCCAGUCGGGAUGCGACCACGUUAUCACCAUGGACCUGCACGCGUCUCAGAUCCAGGGCUUCUUUGACGUUCCCGUGGACAACCUCUACGCCGAGCCCUCGAUGAUCCACUACAUCAGGAAUAACCUCGACGUGUCCAACUGUGUGAUCGUCUCCCCCGAUGCUGGCGGUGCCAAGCGUGCGACAUCGAUCGCCGACCGCCUCAACGUCGACUUUGCCCUCUUCCACAAGGAGCGCAAGCGCGCGAACGAGGUCUCGCGUAUGGUCCUUGUCGGCAGCGUCAAGGGCAAGGUGGCCAUCCUCGUCGACGACAUGGCCGACACUUGCGGCACGCUCGGCCUGGCCGCGCGCAACCUUCUUGACGCGGGCGCGCUCAAGGUCUACGCGUUCACUACGCACGGCAUUCUCGGCGGCCCCGCACUCAAGGUCAUCGAGGAGAGCGGCCUCGAAAAGCUCGUGAUCACCAACACGCUUCCCCAGGCGGAGAAGGCGGCGCAGUGCGCCAAGCUCGAGGUCGUCGACAUCUCGCCUGUCUUGGCCGAGACCAUCCGCCGCAGCCACUUUGGCGAGUCGGUCUCAUACCUCUUCCACGAGGUUCCCUUCGGCAACGGGAUCUAGAGUGUACAGUAGCUGUGUCAGAUGCAUCUUGUUGGUA